GGGGGCAGAGGGAUACGCACGCGAGGGCGUGAGGUUGACAAACGUUCGCAUCCUGCUAUUGGGCGUAAGAAGAACGGGGAGAGGGCGGCGACUUAGCCCGAGGCGGAAGGAGACGGACACCGGCCAAGAGCUGAAAGGUUGCAACGCCUGGUCCCCUCCCCCCCGUUACCAUGGCCAACCAGCUGACAGAGGAGCAGAUUGCAGAGUUCAAGGAGGCCUUCUCCCUCUUCGACAAGGAUGGCGACGGCACUGUCACCACCAAAGAACUUGGCACUGUCAUGCGCUCUCUGGGGCAGAACUCCACAGAAGCUGAAUUACAAGACAUGAUCAACGAGGUGGAUGCUGAUGGGAAUGGCACCAUUGACUUCCCAGAAUUCCUCACUAUGAUGGCCCGGAAGAUGAAGGACACAGACAGUGAGGAAGAGAUCUGUGAGGCCUUCUGGGUCUUUGACAAGAGGCUCUGCAGCCCUCCGUGGUGUCUUUGCAGGUUGGAGAUGGCUGCAGGGGGGAAGGAUGGGAACGGCUAUAUCAGCACUGCUGAGCUGCGUCACGUCAUGACCAACCUGGGUGAGAAGCUGACGGACGAGGAAGUCGAUGAUAUGAUCCGAGAAGCUGACAUAGACGGGGACGGACAAGUCAGUUAUGAAGAGUUUGUACAGAUGACGACUGCCAAAUAGGUAGAGUGACUGCCCCUCCCUCCCCUUCCCUGUACAGAAACGGAAAGACUGCUUACCAUAGAGAUCUCACCCAGCCCCUCCCGUCUGUGGCACUCAUGCUCCAUCGACGCUUUAGCGGUUUGUGGCCAUUCUUUGCCAUCUCUCCCCCCCCCUUCAAGCAGGACUAUGUGAACCCUUCUGCCCCCCUGCCAUGUUUACAUGCUAGCACCCAUGGUUGGUGCAGUUGGGACGGGGGGAGAUCCAGGUGAGAAGGGGUGAAGCGGUGCUAAGAUCCUAGCAAGUGGGAAGCCUGGAGGGCGGGAGCGGUGGGUGA